CACCAUUUUUUUUAUCCAUUUAAUUCUUUUCGUUUCUGUCUAUUUUGUGGGGGUGUUUCCGAUUCACUGAUUCUCAAAGGUUUCCGAGACGAAAUUCUAGAUUUUCAAGGAGCCCUCAUUGGCUGUAUUACAUGAGUAACGCCAGCGAUGACUCGGACACUGCUUUGCUGAACGAAAGGACACGUUUAAUCAACGUCAAUAUGGAUAAUAAUGUGGAUAGCGCGAAUGUGGAAGUUCGCCCAAGGCCGUCAACUUCAAGACAAUCAGAUUCAGCAUCACAACAAGAAGGUCAGCAUGAAAGCACUCAACCACGACAAAGACGAAGAAGAAGGGAAAGGACGCAGGAAGAAGAGGAACAAGAAGAAGAAAUGGCGAUGAAAUACGGAGCAAGUACCGUCAUCUCACUAUUCGUGCCUGUCACUUUAUGUAUGGCGGUCGUUGUGGCUACAAUUAGCUCUGUUUCGUACUACACCGACCAAAGUGACAAUAUCUACCUCGCUUACACUCCGUUUCAUACCGAGGAUGCAGACACAGGACAAGUUGUUUGGGAAACCAUUCUAAAUUCUUUGAUAAUGAUCGGAGUGAUUUUCGUAAUGACUGUUGUACUGGUUCUGUUGUAUAAGUACAGAUGCUACAAGGUAAUUCACGGUUGGCUGGUCGUGUCAUCUCUUUUGAUGCUGUUUCUAUUCGCAUACUUAUAUUUCGGAGAAGUUUUUAGAGCGUAUAACGUCGCAAUGGAUUACAUAACUAUAUCAAUUGUACUCUGGAAUUUUGGAGUCGUUGGGAUGGCCUGCAUACAUUGGAAAGGUCCUCUCUUGCUCCAGCAAGCAUAUUUGAUUAUCGUCUCAGCAUUGAUGGCUCUGGUUUUCAUAAAAUAUUUACCGGAAUGGACAGCGUGGUUGAUCCUUGCUGUUGUUGCCGUUUAUGAUAUUAUGGCCGUGCUGUGCCCUAGAGGCCCACUCAGAGUUCUCGUUGAGCUGGCACAAGAGCGAGACGAACCGAUAUUUCCAGCUUUGAUUUAUUCAUCUGCAAUGAUGUGGCCGACAAUAUCCAUGGCCCAGAAUGGUGAAGAAAACAGUCAUCAGCAAAAUCGUGACCAAUCAGCAUCUGAUGAUGAAAAUCCGGAUGAAAGCGGUGGAUUCGAUGCUCGAUGGAGCAGAACAAGAACUGAUCAGGAGGUUGAAGUAGCCACAUCCCACGAGAGUCGUGAACAAGCGAGAGCAGCCCAAGGAACUCCACCCCCAGUCCCAGAAGAAGAAGACAAGGGAGUAAAGCUCGGACUUGGAGAUUUUAUAUUUUACAGUGUACUUGUUGGAAAAGCCUCAGCAUCAGGAGAUUGGAACACAACAUUGGCUUGUUUCGUUGCAAUUCUUAUCGGGUUAUGUUUUACGCUGAUACUCCUUGCUAUAUUCAGACAAGCCCUGCCUGCUUUACCAAUCUCUAUCGCAUUUGGCCUUAUCUUUUAUUUCAGCACUGAUUAUGUAACGCGACCCUUCAUGGACCAAAUCAAUUCUCAUCAGAUUUAUCUAUAACAGAAGAUAGCCACCUAGUGGUGGCCUCUCAGGUGUGACCAAUUCAAACAUGGAUGAUUUAAUACCGGGAUUCUCUAACUUGCACGACCCAUGGUCCCCUCCCUCCCCCCCCCCAAUAACC